AUAAUUUGUAUAAAAUUUAUUAGACAAACCCCAAGCAUUAAGCGUUGGUGUACUUAAGACAUACCGUCGUCGACGCUUAAAACGUAAGCCUCACAAGACUAAAGCCUCCCUCGGAUGUCUUGAGGCAUUUAAUCUCUGCCUUUGCCCUGAGGCGAGUCCCAAAGCUACGAGGGAGGGAACUAUGACUAAUUUAAUCCCGAAAGAGUAAUCACGUGAACUAGAACAAAGCUAAAAAGACAGCAAAGCAGGCAGACAGGUGUCAAAAAGAAAAAUUUAAAAUUUAAAAAAUAUAGGAAACCGGCCCCAAAUAUCUCGUUAUAUCAUUUGCACAAAAAUCCAGCACUAUAUAUAAACACCUCCAAUAGUGUUUCAGAUAUUUCAUUUCCCCCCUUCCAUUUGCUUAGUAAAGUGGAGGCCUACUAUUGUUCUUCAAUCAAUUUCGUCGCAUCUUCUCUCUACAGAUCUGAUCCGAACUACUCAGAAUCAAUCAUUUAAAAGUUGAGAGAUCAUGGGUCGUGGAGUCAGCAGUGGUGGAGGACAGAGUUCCCUGGGUUACCUCUUUGGAGAUGGUGAGGCUCCAAAACCUACCACCAAGAAGGUGGAAGCUCCACAGAAUCAGGGACCUACUACAAGUGAUCCACAGAAGCCUACUGCAACUGCACCAGCUCCAAAUGUUAAUAAGCAGAUUCCAGCUGGCAUCCAGGCACGCAAUUCCAAUAACUAUUUCCGCGCAGAUGGACAAAACACUGGGAAUUUCCUCACAGAUCGCCCUUCUACCAAAGUGCAUGCUGCCCCAGGUGGUGGAUCUUCCCUGGGUUACCUGUUUGGCGAUGGCAAGAACUAGCUCCUGUCCAAAGAUGAACUGUGUAGUCAUGAAAAAAUACUGAGACUGCUGUUACUGAAACUGUGUAGUCAUGAAAAAAUGAGGAGACUGAGACUGCUGUUACUGUAUGUUGGUUGAUUUUGUGUCUGGGAAAUAGUGUCGACAUUCAGAUGAUCCAAUUGUAGUAUGUUAAUCCUUUCCUAUUCACUGUUGGGAUAUACCUAAAACUUCAACUGUGAACAAUCCUCAAUGCUUGCUUAAGGAAAUCAAGUUUUACUU